AUGGACAUCACCGCCUUCAUUGUCGCCCAGCGCGACGAGGCUCUGUUGUUGGGCGACUACAACACCUAUCGCCAGACCUGUUCGCGCCGCAUCCUCACCCUCCGCAAACGCACCGGCCGCGCCACCCCCAAGAACGCAAAGUACAGCGCAAAAGCCCCCAUUGCUGCCGACGAUAUCGCCAAGAGCCAUGACUUCGUCCACCUUUUUCUCUUCACGGCUGAGCGCGCUUGGGCCCAUGCCAUGUACAUGAAGUCUGUCCACGCCGAAGACAACGCGGACAAGAGUAUUACUGGUUCCACCCGCAAGCACAUCAUCUCGCGACUGCACAAGGCUGCCCACACGGCGAAUGAGCUUGCGUCGCUACUGGCCGACCAAUCCACCGGGGCCACCCCCACCGAUCAGCUGGAGGCUCAGGCAUACGUAUACUCGCUCCGCGGCGCCGAGGAGUUUGAGAAGCAGGCCGAGGGGAUCCAUCUCCGUAGCCCUCAGUCGCCGGACCAGAGGUGGAAAGCCUGUCUUGUGAAUUAUUCGGGAGCCCGCAUUAUCUACAACGCCCUUCUCCAAACUACCAAGAAGGAUCUCUACAAGGAAUUCCUGGCCAGCACAGUUGACCCCAGUAUUCGUUACGCCGCGUACCAGUCUCGCCUCCCCCGAACCGUUUCCGUCGCUACAGUCGCACGCCAAUAUUUUCCCAAGGAGGACGCCGCCUUGCUAUCUGCCGUCGAGACAAUCUAUCCGGAUGCUCUCAAAGAUGAGACAGUAGCGGCCGGCAAGGGUGAAGACUCCGUCGAGAAAAUCCCCAACACCAUCACAUGGCGCUCGCGGACGGCCAACAUCGUUGAUGCCGCGGUUGGCCAAGCCCUCGCUGCAGUUACGUCCGCCGAGGCCCGUCUCUCCGCAUUCUUGACUUCUGCCUCGCCCGAAACUUCCUUCCGUGAUAAGGCUGCGGCGUACGAUGAGGUUCUCAUUGCUAGCCAGGACGCCUCAGACUCUACUCGCCACGCUAUUGAGGAGCUGGAGAAGGAAGGCGUGAGCGAAGGAGACUCGCGUAUGCAGGACCUCCGUGUGACGGAUCUGGCCGUCAACUACGACCUCAUCGGCUGGCGCGUGGGAAGGAACCGGGUGCUCAUCGGCCUGGACGACGGCGCCGUGCUGCACUCCGAGAACAUUAAGAAGCCAAAGAAGCCCAGGAAAGACGGCAAGGAGUGGGUCGAAAAGGAAGAAGGCACCGGCCGCAAGCUCGCGAGGAUACGCGAGCGCAACGUGCUCUACGACUCCAUCCUCCAGAGCAUCGACUCGGUGAAGGACCUCCGGGGCGCUAUGCGCGACGCCGCCUUCAUCGAGGAGCUGGACGGCAAGCGGGCCUACUACCGCGCUCUCAAGUGCCUCAACCUCGGCUACUCGCACGCGCUCCUCUCGCAGUCCAAGAACGCCCUCGCCCUGUACGCCCGCGCGCUCGACCUCGCCGCCAAAGCCGUCGCCACCGGCACGUCCGAAUCCUCGUCCGCGCUGCCCAAGCUGGACAUCAGUCGCGAGCAGGCCGAGUCCCUGCACCGCCGGCUCGAGGGCGCGGUCCAGCAGUUCCGCGCGCUCGUCGACCUCCAGAGCCACGCUGCGGGCGGCGGCGAUGAUGCGGCCGCAAACAAGGGCGUCGUCCCCACCCCCAUCGCCGAGCGUCUCAACCAGUACCCGCCCGAGGGCGUCGACCUCAAGAACCUCGUCGAGUGGCCGCCGAGGCUGCAGUCCGUGCCCGUCAAGCCGCUGUUCUUGGACGUCGCGUUCAACUACAUCGACUACCCGGGCAGGGCGAAGGCGGUCGUGGAGAGCGAGGGUGGCGGCGUCAAGUUGGAUCAGGCUCAGGGUAAGGCGGAGGAGCCGAAGAAGAAGGGCUGGUUUGGUUUCGGUCGGUAA